AAAAGUGACACAUUUGCAGAGAUCCGUGACCCAUGAGGCCACUAACAGAGCUUGUAAAAGUUUAAAAAUAGUUAAAUAAUUGGAACGUGAUUCUUAUAUCUUAGUCACAAUAAUUUCGAAAUAUGGCUUCAAAAGUUACACUGUCCCAAGCUCUGGGUACAGAUGGAAGUGAUUUUAAUCAUAGACAAAAAAUACCUACUCACUAUCAAAUCAGCGCAACAAACAAAUCAAGACUGAAAUAUUGUAUACUUUUUCAUUAUCUUCUUUUCUUCGUUAUGCUUGCCAAGUUAUCAGCUGAUAUUUUAGAUCAUUUGGACAUAUUCAUUUUGGAGAUUGAAGAGUUGCAAAUACCUCAGCCUCUGUGGUGGGAAUAUAUUUGGUGUACGAGUUUGAUAUUAAGUUUCCUUGCAUUAUCUGCUAUUAAAAGAAACAGAAUUAAAACAUUACAACAAUAUAUGAUAGGUAUCAUUCUAUUAGGAUAUGGUCCAUUAUUUUAUGCAGUCAUAUAUUAUUUUAAGGAUGUCUGGAAAUAUUUAACUGUGGGUAAAACAGAUGAAAUUCAUUUUUGGCAGGAUCUACCAUAUGGGUUAUUGUGGUAUGCAUUUAUCCUCUUAGCAUCUCAAGUUCAUUCUUUUUCUCUGUUCUUUUCCUGGAAUCUUUUAGUAGCUUGGAAAACCCGGGGAAGUAGAAAAGUUGAUUAAUUUAAUUAUAAACUUCACUGAA